AUGAGCUCAAUACUUCGAGAAUUCGAAAACAUUCAUGAGAAAUGUGAAAGUUUCUUAGUUGGUCUAUCUGAAAAGCGGUCUACAGUUGUUAAAGAGCUCGACAGCUGGUUGUCACAGUUAUUUGAACAAAUUCAGAACCAAAGAGUCCUUAAUCAGCAACUUAAGAAUGAAGUUCCUUACUUAUACGAGUUCUUCAAGAAGGCUAUUGUACUAAUGCUUCGUAAUUGUUCUCCUGGAGCGAUGGGCGUACUCUCUAUUUACAUUAUUCAGUUUGUCGGCUACAAUUUGCUAAACAACAAUCCUUCAUACGUCGAUCUUCUCCUACUGUUAUUCAGUAACAAUGACUUUUUGACAAAAUUCCGCAGUUUAACACCAGAAGAAUCCCAGCAGUACAAUGCUUUGAUGAGUGGUGGAUCAGAAGGAUACAUUCCUCAUCCACAGGACUGCCUAUUUGGUAAGAAACUCGAAUCUGGAGUCGAUUUUAUCGCUCUUACAUGCCAAAACUUCGGAAGAAGAGGCUAUUUCUCAGUUUUACUAUCUACAAUCAUGAAAUGCCAAGAUUUUGUACAAGUUGAAAGUUGCAUACAGUUCUUAUACAGAUCAUAUCUUUCAAUGGACGACCAAUUCAGAUAUUUCCUAGGUGUAUGGUUUGCUGCCAACCUAGGCACACAAACAGACGAUAGAUUCAAUGGAUAUAACGCUAUCCAUCUCACAAGGUUAAUGUUUUGUGUUUCAAUUGAAGACCAAUGCCUUGAUAUAUCAGCCACUCUAUAUAGCAACUGCCUUACUGCAGCAGCAGCUGCUAAUCAAGCUACUCUAAUUAUCGAAGAACUCAUGGAAAUUACAAAACAAUCAAAUCGCCAUCCAUUAAUUGAUAAAAUCUGCGGACAAAUACUCAAUCUCUUACUACAAAGCGAUAUCUCAAAGAUUGCUGAUUUAAUCAUCGCAGCAGCUUUGUAUAUCCAAGAUACAGAUUUUCUUGACAAAGAAUUCGUUUAUGAGCACGUUAAACAGAACAUGUAUAUACUAGAAGCAUUAUUCAAUACUUUACAAAGCUGUAUCAACAUAAAUAAAAUUUAUUAUUAUGGCAGAGAAGACAUUCCAAAUAAUUACAAGUUUUUGCUCAAACUCAUCCCAUAUUUGGAUACUACACAGAUUCCAAACAUCGGCGACGAUCUUGUUACAAUUUUAUUUACGAUGCCACGCGAAGAUGUUGAUGUCUUCAUACAAAUAUGUUCUCUCAAUCAAUUUAAGUUCUUUUUCUCUAAUUCUUUCAUGAUUUUCCUCGACAAUACUAAAAAAUGGGAUUAUGACAUGCUCGAUUUAUGUUGCAGGACUGCAGAAUACAUUGACAUCAUUGAUAAAAACAAGAUCUUCAGAAUAAUUGCAAGAACAAUAACAGGAGACAAAAUUAUUAAAAUUUUAACAGAUCAUCCUUUAAUUCCAAUCUUGGAUACAACAGCCGUGAUCAAGGCAUCAGAUAACUCACCAUUGCUAUCUAAUUUCUUAAGAACUCACAUGUUUAACGAAGUACAUAAUUUAUCCCAAGUUUUGCCAAAAACUGCCAGCUCAUUAAGCCUCAUUUUCGAUGUCUUCCUUGAGGAAAACUCGUUUUUAGUCAUUAGCCAUCCAUCGCAGUCAGUUAAACAGCGAGAAAUCAUGUGGCAAGCGAUGUUUACUUCGUUUAACAUCGGAGCACAAGAAUAUUUGAAGCUUUGCAUCAAAUUCUUCAAUAACUUCAUGAAAGUAAGUAAAGAAGUGUUUAGUUCCGAUGUCAUGAACUUGUUGAAAUCAAAUCAUUCCAAAGUUAUGGCUUCUCUUUUGAAUGAAAUGGAUUUAUCUACAUUAGAACCUGAUUUCUUCCUCGAGAAACUGAAAACUUCUCCAGAAGCAAUUGUUGUUUUGCAUGCAAUACCUCAUAAAGUGAAAUACACUUACGAUGAGUCAUUAAUACAACAAUUAAAAGCGGCUCCUCUACAUGAAAAAGCGAUUAUUUUGGAUUCAAUUAAUAAUUAUGCCGAUGAAACGUUUUUCCCUGUUUUGAAGCCACAUGUGAAGAUAGCCAUUGAAGUCUUCCAAGCAACGAAUCCAACAAAUAUGGCUUACAUGUAUGCGAUGAGAAAAAUCGCGUUAGUUACAUUCCAAAAAGUUGGAAUUGAUGUAAGUCGACAAAAUUUGGAUGUAAUUGUUGAUUUCGCCAUUGGAUGCGGAUACAAAGAUUUGUGCGACCUUGCAAUUUCUCUUUAUCCUAAGGAGAAACCAUGCGAUCCAAAUGAAUUCGUUCAGACAUUCCGAGGAGCACCAAAACAGUUGUCUUUGAAUGCUGUUGAUUUGUUAUUGAAUGACACUUUUGAUUUACAAAAGUUACAGGCGUGUUUAAGAUGUUGCACGAAUGAAUCAAUGAUAGAGAUUAUUCCUAAGAUAAAAGAGUGGAGUGAUGACAUUUCUCUUGAAGUUUAUGGUCGAUUUAAGAUGAUUGUUGAUGCAGGAACAUGCAGUACAAGAUUAGUUGAAUUGAUUAUGGAUAAAUUACCAACUUUGCCACAAAUCAAUGCUGAUUUAGUACAGUAUUUCUUCUCCCCUGAAUUCCCUCCUUUCUUAAGAACAGACAUUGUCACGAAACUCUUCAUAAACAGAUAUAAAAAUGGUGUUGGACCCCUUCUUCAUCAAAUUGAAAUUGCUAAUCCUCUUCCUGCAAUAAAUGACCAGAAAACAUUACUAAUUAACAAAUCCGAUUGCUAUCCAUUGAAUUCUUUGUUGUAUUCACUAUCUCAUUACAUUCCUUUCGUUUACAUCGCUACAACAAGUGUUCCAAUCACUGAAUAUUCUUUGGAUUUGGCAAAAUUAGUUUUGUCAUAUAUUCCUGAAUUUGAAUCAUCUUUUUCAAAGUCAAUUACAGGAAACAUGCCCAUUGUUGAUGUUUAUCAUUCUAUUUUAUCUUUGUUACCUGAGAAAGUCCGUCAAUUGAUGUCUUUUGUUUUAAUUGGCGACAACCAAAAUCAGCCACAAAUUUUUGAUUUGAUCAAUGUCAAAUUAACUGAUGCUUACAGAUCGUUCUUGAACACGUUCUUUAAUAAAGGUAAUGUCAAACAGAAGAUGGGACAUGCUCCUCCUUUGUUACCUAUUAACUUGGAACCUCCUGCAAAUGAACAUGAAAUUAAAGCAAUGUCAAUUCCUACGAAAGUUGAUUUCAAAGAAUUUAUUUUGAAUGGAGAACAAACAAUUUAUGCUUUGCAUUCCGUUGUUGGUUUCCAGAAGAGUGAUAGAAGUAAGUACACAGCAUUCAUUGCAAGUUCAAGUGGUGGAUACGUUCAAUACAAUGAAGAUGGAGCUGUAAGAAUUUCUAAUUUACCUUCAUCAAUUGUUCCUCACUUUUUGUUCUACAAGAGAGUUGAUUUCGUUGUUACAAAUCAAUAUUUGUUUUCACAUUUGACGUCUGAUACAAAGACUGACGUCAACUCAUUCGAUAGAUGCGUGACAAGGACUGUUGAAAUUGAUGAUAACUUGUUCUCAGAGUUCAAUAGAACAAGAGCUUUCUACAUUUUGGCAAUUGCAAUGUUGAGGAAAUUUAAUAAUCCGUCACUUUUCCGUUCAUUGAAAGAUGACAAGAAUUUUGCAGCUGUUUUCUUUGAAACAGGAAUGGAUAUAAUCGUGAAACAGAAUGCAUUCAGUUUAGUGAAGAAUGACAUUAGAGAAUUAGCACAAAAUUGCCCAAACCCAGAAGAUAUUUGUCGUCAAUUGUUAUCUGGAGUAAGUCAGCCUCAAUUUGCAGAAAAUGUAUUGAAUGUUAUAAUGAACUUGAACUUGUCUUUAGAUGCAAUCUAUGCUGUAGUAAGAACAGCAAAGAACGCUAAAGAUAUAUUGAUAAAUAUGCCAGAAUAUCCAAUUUUCGUCGAUCCUCUCUUUGCAGACAAUGAAAAAGUCAAAAUUAUUUGCAAUGAUAAAGAAUUGUUCGCUCCAGUUAAGAAGGCCAAAUUACCUCAGUAUAAGAACUAUGCCAAGAAGAAUUCUAACUAA